CCACACACUUUUCGUGUGACAGCAAUCUAACCCCGCCCGCCUCUCUCAUUGAGGAGGCGUCACACGACAGGUUACUCGACACCAUGACCGGCGUACUCAUCGUAUGGGCCAAGCUCCCGGCACGAGGCUGUCGACUGGUAUGAACAAGAGUAUCUCCCGGACAUGCGCUCACAGUUUGCACAACAUACGCUGCACUGUGAGAUUACGCAAACUGGCCUCGAAGGCCAAAAAGUCGGUGUGCUCGACGCUCCGUGGCCAUUGUGCGCUAUCUAUGAAGUCGAAAAUGCAAGGGAGGCCACGGCGAAGUGCUACGAAGAGCGAAACCACCCACCCGCACAUUUGUUCAAAAACCGUCUAGCAGAUGCUUGUUUCGACGUGCGGACAUUCGUCGAGCUAAAGAGAUGGGAGAAUGAAGAGUGGGACAACACCGAUGUGUCAGCCAUCGAGAGCGUUACUUGCCUGGAAUGGGCAGUUCCCGUCGACAUGCAGGAGGAAGUCUUCAACUUCUACACAGGGACCGUGGUACCUUUGAUCAUGGGGAGCCCAGAGGUGCUACGACUGCGCAUCCUCGAAGUCGACAACGCCAUAACACAGCGUGGCUCAACCUUGGGAACUAAAGACAAAAAGACAGUGCACACUUUCCUCACCAUAGUUGAGAUGGAGAGUGACGAGUGGCCUUGGGAUGUCGUUAUGGAACUUGCGGAGGACAAGAACUGGGAAAAGUAUUUUGAGAAGCAAGAUGUGAAAUGGAGCAUCAGUACAUAUCUGGUGAAGAGGGCAUACACCGAGGCGGACAAGCCCCGAUCUGCUGGUUGAUGCGUCACGUGCCGAUCACGUCAACGUCGCCCAUACCAGCAAUUUUUCACGACAACGACCUCAGAUGAAGGCGCUAGUCGACGAGCUCUGAGACGAAUCAAAGGUGAAGAAACACAAAAUGAUAUACCUAAACUGCAGAGCAAGUACAAUUUUCCAAUCAACAACAUUCAACGUGUCCAGCACAUGUCUAUACCAA